CUAACCAUUUCGAAAGAUCUACUAUUCUGAUCUUAGCAUAUAUCUAUAUCUAUAAAUACUUGCCCAAUCAAACCUCAAACCCACCCAAAAAAAACUUUGUGAAGCUAGAAGUUGAAAGAAAUUAAAAUGGCAGCUGAGAAAGAAGCAACAUCACCGUACCCUUUGGUCCCGGCAAACGGCUACAUCCGGAGAGAUCAAGAAUCUGCAGUGACAGCAGACCCCGCAGAGCUCAAAAGAAAGAAGCGCAUGAGGUGCCUCUUUUACGUUACUGUCUUUGCCGUGUUCCAAGUCAUAGUCAUAACAGUCUUUGCACUCACUGUUAUGAAAAUCAAAAGUCCAAAAUUCCGAGUUCGAUCGGCCUCCUUCAGUGACUUUGAGGUUGGCAACGGCACCAGCCCUUCAUUUAACUUGGACAUGGACGUCAAGUUUGGGGUGAAGAACACCAACUUUGGACACUUCAAAUACGAAGAUGGCAUCGUCGAAUUUGAGUACAGAGGCACCAGAAUUGGGCAGGUGAAUGUGUACGAGGCCAGAGCCAGAGCUCGAUCGACCAGAAAGGUGGCGGACUCAUUGGAGCUCACUUCAAAUGGCUUGUCUGCCAACUCUCAGUCUCAGUUGGCAAGUGAUAUUAGCUCUGGGAUUAUUCCAAUUACCUCCGCGUCUAAAUUGGAUGGGAAGAUACAUCUGAUGAAGGUGAUCAAGAAGAAGAAGUCUGCUCACAUGAAUUGCACCAUGGAAAUUGUUCUUGCAACGCAGUCGGUCCAAAAUAUUGUCUGCAAGUGAUCAUAAUAUUAAUCUGUGUAUAAUAUUUUAUUUUAUAUUUUUUAAAUGCCUAUUCUUGUUAUUAUAUUUAUUUUGUGAGCUACGGACAUCUUGUUUCUACAUAUUGUAUGAGGAUGUAGUCUCUAAUUAAUG